CGGAGCCAAGUUAGUCAGCUAAACACAGAUUUCUUAGAGCUCUAUUUAUUUACAUCGAAAAUACUUUACUUAAAGUAUGUACAUCUCAAUCAUAAUUUAGUGUUAGAAAAUAUUGUACAUUAGAUUUGUCACACUUACAAAAAUUAGUUUUUCUCACUUCUAAAUAAAUAAUUCGCGAUCCUUUUUCGAUGAGAAAAAUUUAGCAUAAAUGGGACAAUAAAUUGGAACGAAGGCAAGCAAAAUGCCAACCUCUAUUUCUACGCGAAGAAACCUGACAACAUGUCAGAAACUGUUCUGUGUCAUAUGUGCAGUUGGUUGUUUAACUUUAAUUUGCAUUAGUGUCAUUAGCACUUCACCAAAAGAUGUAACAGAUUUGUACGAAUUAACUGUCUUAAAUGAAACAAAGUUAAUCAUUACUUCGACUCAAGCGACACCAAAAGACAUAAUUGAUUUGUACGAAUUUGUGCCUACCUUAAAUGGAACAGAAUUAAUCUCGUCACAAUCCAUUACUUCGACUGAAGCGAUAGGACCGUCAGCACCUUCUACAAUUUGGAGAGACAACAUGACAGAUAUAGAUCUACAAGAAAUGGUCGUAGAACAGAGGAAAUGGAUACAAAGAAUUUCAGAGUCCCAAUUUGUUAAGAAGUCACAGCCCCAGAAAUUGCUCGCCUAUGUUCGCCCAGGGGAGGAUUAUUAUUACACAGAUAACAAAGUGAAUUGUCCAUAUGCGCCGCAUUUUGUGGAGAAAUGUCUACCAAAUAUCGUACGGUCUAACAAAUCCUUGGUGGAAACUUUACAAAAUCCAGUCAGGCCUGCGUUCGAGUACAAGUAUAACGGAAUCGAUGCUGUAGUCGGGAUACGAAAUGGUUACUGGGGAAGCGACUCGUUGUAUUCGGAGCAGCUACUGCCACCAGGGGUGGUGCAGAUAUUCUACCAAAAUGAGAGCCCGUGUCACACGAGGUCUGUCCGAUUAGGGGAGACGAACGCAUGGCUGGCUUCGUACUGGGGUGGCGCCGAUAUUCCGACGUCAUCCUAUGAAAUUGUACGAAACGGUGGGGACGGGUACAAGUACGAUAAAACGGUCGCUUCAAUAUCAAAAUUCAACGAAUCCAGUCUCCAGCCCAAGAAACUAAAACUUGCGGCCGCUUUAAUCUCGAACUGCGUCUACACUAAAAACGGCCGAGUUAAUUAUAUCCGAGCUCUGAAACGCCACAUAGAUAUCGAUUUGUACGGACGUUGUGGCACCUUAACCUGUCCGGAAGAAGAUUGCAUACAAUUCCUCCAACGAAACUACAAGUUUUAUUUGGCCUUUGAAAACUGUAAUUGCGAAGAUUACAUUACCGAGAAAUUUUUCGUGACGGGACUUUACAACGGCCUGGUCCCUGUCGUCAUGGGUGCCACAAAGUCGGAUUAUGAACGCCGAGCUCCACCCCAUUCGUUUAUCCACGUGGAUGAUUUCGGCUCACCGGAAGAACUUGCCAACUAUCUGCUCCAGCUUGACGGGGAUGAGGACCUUUACCAAAAGUAUUUUGAUUGGAGACGUAACCCAGAAACCGUGUGGACUUUAACAAGUCGAAAUCAGGAAGAUUUUUUCUGUCGAGUUUGUGGAAUGCUGUACUACGCAGAUUUCGUCCCCCCGCAACCAUGGCCGAAUAGGGAGACCCGAUUCGCGGAUGUGAGCCCAUGUCAGCAUAAUUCUCACAGUACAGCGAAUAAUCUGUAUGCUAGUGCUCUUAUUAUUAUACAUUUAAUACUACAUAUAUAGAUUUGUGUAUUAUAAACUUUUAAGUGUUUUUCACUGUGGGAAUCAUAAAUUUGCGAGACUUCUAAAGCUAAAUCGUUUAGUAUAGUUGAAUAAUUUUUAUUCCGUCUAUUGCCAGCCAUCAAAAGUAUUGACCAUUUUGGGGUUUGCUGGGUCGCAAAUUAAUAAAACCCAGCAGUUUUUACUGUUUGUGAAAGGGUUGUACUAUUUCAUAUUCUAACGGAAUAUCUAUGUACAUAUAUAUAUUAAGUAGCUCAAUAUAUCCACACUACAUAUAAACCCAGAAACGUUGGUGUAAGAGAUUGUCAUGCUUAAGGAAUAUCUGGUUAUGUAAUGAACGAAUCAAUAUCAGGCUACUUUCAAAAUUGAAAAUAAUAAUAGUAAUGUAUACACUACUAUUGGAGGCUUCGAUUAUGUAUUCCUAAAUAAAUCAUGCUAAGAACUUUAAGUUUAUUUAGCCUCGAGUUUGACAGUAAACAGGUUUCAUCAACUGAUACAAUAGAAAAUAAUAGAAUAUAGUAUUAAUUAUUUACAAUAAUAUGCUGAUUAAUUUUUUUA